AUGGUUCUAGAAGAGUCUCCCCCACACCGCGCGAUGCGCCGCCCGCGCUCCCGCACCCCGCGCACCCGCCGCUCGCCCUCCCCCAAGCGCUCGCCCUCCUACUCGCCCCCGCCGCGCCGCCGCCGGCGCUCGCGAUCUCCGCCGAUGCGCGCGCGCGACGACUCCUCCUUCGACAGCCAGAGUUUCUCGAGCUACUCGUCCAUGUCUCGCUCGCCACCCCCGCGUCGCCGGCGCACGCGCCUCUCGCCGCGCCGCCGACGCUCGCCGGCCUCCAGCGCGUCGUACAGCUCGUUCUCGUCGCGCAGCCCGCCGCCGCGCCGAAGGCCGUCACGAUCGCGAAGGAGGAGCCUCACCCCGCCGCCGCCGCGUCGGUACCGCUCGCGCUACUCCCCGCCGCAGAGGUACCGCGCCGUGAGCCCGCCCCCGCGCCGACGCCGCCACGCCCCGCGGAACGACCGCAGGGACGAGCGGCCGGCAGACACCAGGAGGGACAAGCCGCUGAGAGGGGACGACCGCGCGCGCGAUUUGCGCACCGUCUUCGUGUCGCAGCUUGCGCAACGCGUGCACCAGGACGAUUUGUACGACUUCUUUUCACGUGCUGGCCGCGUCAGGGACGUCAGGUUGGUCAUGGAUCGCAUGUCGUCGAGGCAUAAGGGGGCUGGAUAUGUUGAGUUUUACGAGGAGGAGAGCGUGCCGUUGGCGGUCGCGUUUGAUAGUACCUCCUUGCGGGGAUUUCCUGUCGCCGUUAAAGCCACCGUAGAUAUGGCUGGCAGGCUACAAGGGAGAAAAGUGCAGACUGCAUCGAAGGAAAUGCAGGGGAAACCGGUUGAUAUCCCCGCACAGGCAGCAAAUCCUCUUAAGGCUCACGACGAUUCCGUCGUAGGCUGGUCGAACAAGUAUCGAGCUCGGAAGCCGGAUGCGGAUGCCUUUUCGGCGGGGGCAGUCCCACGUGCGCAUGCUGGCGCUCGCGUCCCACAGUCCUCGCAAGUGCCGCAGCUCGUGUCAAUUGAAGAGCUCAAGCGCCUGCUCAAUCCGCUCGGUCUUCCAAUUGCGCCACCUCCGCUGACAGCCAUGGGCGUGGGAGUCAACGUCGGCGCUGCAGGGCAACCGCUGGAACAGGUUCCCUUGCCCACCGCUGGUAGCGCGAAGAUCGCACCCCAGCCGUCGGCUUCCUCAGGUGCAUUCACACGCCUAUACGUAGGUUCUAUAUCUUUCCAACUUACCGAAGCGGAUCUCAGGGCAAUUUUCGAGCCUUUUGGGGCAAUCUCCUCAUUGCAGCUACAGCGAGAUGCGACCGGCAGCUCACGUGGGUAUGGGUUCGUAGAGUUCCUGACGCAUGAGUCAGCGAAGAAAGCCCUUGAAAUUAACGGACUUGCCGUUGCUGGACGAACCUUGAAAGUUGCGUUGGCGAGCCAAGAGCAUCGCAUGGCGGUUUCCUCGACAGCAGCGGAUAGAAAUCUCAUGGGGAGCGUCCCGCUUCCAGGGCCAGGGGGAGCGGCACUUGACGUACCCGGAGAGCUGGACGAAGGGAAAGAUAGCGGGCUAGCGAUCAACGCGUCUCAGCGUAUCGCUUUAAUGCAACAAUUAUCUAGAGGGGAAAGUAUCGGCAAAACAGGGACCAAUGCCGGAAAAUUACCGGUCUGCGCAGAGCCCUCCAAGAACAUAAUGCUCGCGAAUUUAUUUGAUCCCGCAACCGAGCAAGAAGGGUUUGAGUUGGAUUUGAAGGAGGACGUAAGGGACGAAUGCAUUUCAAAGUAUGGGGCUGUCGCUCAUCUCGUUGUUGAGCCGAAGAGUCAAGGCGUCGUAUUCGUCAGGUUUCAGGCGCGGAGUGAUGCAGAAAAGGCCCGAACUGCGCUAAACGGGAGGUGGUUUGGAGGGCGACGCAUCCAGGCUUCGUUCGUAGGAGAUAAGGACUACAUGGAAAAAUUCCCAAGUGCCACGAACGAAUAG